AUGCUCCAAGCCAUCUCCCCCCAACACGAGCGCCCCCUUCCCCCUCUCUCCGACUCCCCCCCCUUCACUGCCUCCUCGCACCUCAACGACAACAAAACGCACCUCCUCCUCUGCGCCUCAGGCUCCGUCGCCACCAUCAAGAUCCCCUGCAUCGCGCAGGCCCUCGCACUGCACGCCGACCUCUCGAUCAUUAUCAUCCUCACGCAGUCCGCGUCGGCCUUCCUCGCCGGCCAGUCGCCCGAGCAGCCGCACUUCUCCUCGCUGCGCCGCAUCCCCAACGUCGACGGCGUGUUCCUCGACGAGCAGGAGUGGAGCGUGCCCUGGCAGCGCGGGAACAGCAUCCUGCACAUCGAGCUGCGCCGGUGGGCGGACGCCAUGGUCAUCGCGCCGCUGAGCGCGAACACGCUGGCGAAGAUCACGGGCGGGUUCGCGGAUAACUUGCUGACGAGUGUGGUCAGGGCGUGGGAUACUACGGGCCUGGUUGCCGGGGAGGGGGAGGGGAUGAUGAUGAAAAAGAAGAAGAAGAAGCGGAUCCUGGUGGCUCCGGCGAUGAAUACGGCGAUGUGGCGGCACCCGGUUACGGGCCGGCAGGUGAGGGUGUUGGAGGAGGAGUGGGGGGUUAAAGGUGAGGAUGGGGAGGACGGGGAGGGCUGGUUUGAGGUGCUGAGGCCGAUGGAGAAGGAGCUUGCUUGUGGCGAUGUGGGGGAUGGGGCUAUGAUGGAUUGGAAGGAUAUUGUCGCGGUCAUCGAGGAGAGGUUGAAGCUUUAG